AUGUCCUUCUUCCCACCCGAAGACUUCUCUCUAGACCCACGCUUCAUCGAACUCCAAGAAGAGCUCCGAUCAGUCCUCUUCGCGGGCCUCUCCGCCUUAUCACCCAGCGCAUCAGUAACCCCUGAACCACAAACAACACCCGUACAAACCCUCGACUUUUCCAACGUCAGCAUCCAAAUUCCUCACGAUAGGUUAAUAUGCUAUCUUCAGAAUUGGGUUACAGAAUGUGCUCCUUACUUGGACAAGUUUGAUGAGGAUAAGCAUUUUCAGAUUCAUGUGCCUCUUAUGGCGCAGAAGAGUCCGGCAUUACUGUAUGCUAUGCUUGCGUUUUCGUCGAGACAGAUGGAGAGACGUGGGUUGACGCAGGAGGGGUGUGAUAGUCUUGAGUUGUAUCAGGAGAGUAUUAGGUUGUUGAGCCCUGGGUUACAAGCUAAAGAUCCGAACAUGUUGGUCACAGCUUGUAUUCUGGCUGUGUUCGAAUUAAUGUCGGGCGGCUCUAAGAACUGGAAGCGGCAUGUUGAAGGAUGUGCUUCGUUGUUCGAGUUCUUUGGCGUUGAUGGUUUCUCUGGUGGUCUACCACAGGCAGUAUUCUGGUGCUAUGCCAGAAUGGAGUUAUGCGGUGCCAUAAUCUCAGAUGGAACCGAAACCACAGUCCUACCUCUUUCAAAAUGGGCUCCAUCACCCCCUGAGUCAUUGGUAUCUUCUGAGCAGAUCGAGAGAUAUGUACGAGACAUGUUUCACGAGAGAAGUCGUGAGUGUCCAGAUAUGCAAGCCAACUGGGCUAUAUAUCUAUGUACCAAAGUCUCUGAUCUCAGAUUCCGCAGAACACAAAGCUUAGAACUUGGACGAGCGGAUGUUCAUGACGAUAGACCAUUCUCAGAACAAUGGCAGCAGCUCUGGAAUGAGCUGCAAUAUUGGCAUGAUGAGCGUCCCCCGACGAUGAAGCCAAUCAGUAUGGUUGAAGCAGGCGACAAACAAAUCUUCCCAGCUAUGCUCUUCCCCCACUGGGCAGCCAUCUCAAGCAAUCAGAUAUAUCACACUGCAUGUAUCCUCAUGCUAGAGAUGCGGAAUCUGGGCCAUGAGCUAGACUCCCAGUGUCUGGCAUUAUGGCAUGCACGGCAAGUCUGUGGUAUCUCAUGUGCUAACCUCCACCCUGGAAGUCUGGUAAAUUCCAUACAACCUCUUUAUAUAGCAGGGAAGCUGUUUUCGCAUGUAAAUGAGAGGAAACAGAUUGCGAGACUGCUCAAAUCGAUUGAUCGGACGACUGGGUGGGGUGCGUUGUGGAGGUUGACGGAUCUUGAGGCUGAAUGGGGAUAUGAUGCUGGGGCGAUUCUCAAGACCUUAUAG